ACUCUUUUAAUUGUGCUAUAUUUCACAGUAUAUUCAUCAAUUACACUUUCACUGUUCCCGCAAAGCCAAGCGAAUAUAUGGCUAUUUGAAGACACUGUUUUAAUUACUGGAAAAUUAGCUGAUGCCAAAUCUCAACCAAGUGUUCAGUUUUCAAAAGCCUUAAUUCAACUGCCAGACAACCAUCACAUUAGCAAUGUUACAGGCUAUCUUACAGUUCUACAACAGUUUUUGAAAGUGGACAAUUUUCUGUAUACAUCUGGAAUUACUCUUAAUAAAUCAGGUUUUGAAAGUAUUGAAUUGACUCCUCUUGCUGCAAUAUGUGUGAAGAUAUAUUCUGGAGGAAAAGAAUUGAAGGUGGAUGGGUCUAUUCAAGUUUCUCUCCCCCUUCUACAUACAAAUGAUAUGAGUGCAGGGGAUCACAUACCUGCCUGGACAUUUGAUAUGAACACAGGUACUUGGAUAAAUCAUGGCCGGGGAAUGGUCAAGGAAUAUAAUAAUCAUUUAAUCUGGACAUACAACGCACCACAUUUGGGCUACUGGAUAGCAGCUCCUCUUCCAGGAACUAGAGGUUCAGGUAUAAAUGGAGACCCAAAGGACAUCACUGCCUACCACACAGUGUUUCUCACAGCCAUAUUAGGAGGAACAAUAGUCAUUGUCAUUGGAUUUUUUGCUGUGCUGCUUUGUUACUGCAGGGAUAAGUGUGGUGCUCCACAGAAACGAGAAAGAAAUAUCACUAAACUUGAGGUCCUCAAGAGAGACCAGACAACUUCAACAACACACAUCAAUCACAUCAGCUCAGUCAAAGUUGCGCUGAAAGCUGAGGACAAGUCACAGUUAUUCAAUGCCAAAAACUCCUCUUACAGCCCGCAGAAAAGGGAACCAUCAAAGGCAGAAGCAGAAGAAAGAGUUUCUAUGGUAAAAACUCGGGAUAAUUUUAAAAUCUACAGUGAAGAUGUUUCAUUUCUGUCGGCCAGUCAAAAUAAUUACUCAAGAAACCCAACACAGUCUUUGGAGUCCAGCGUAGGGUCCAAGCAGCCUAAACAUAUGAGCAACAAUCUAUCUUCCCUAGGUGAGGCUCAAGAAGAAGAGAGGUAUCUCACAGGCAGUGAAGAGGUGUACGGGCGUUCCCACAUUCCUGAACAGCUGAUGCAUAUCUACAGCCAGCCUAUUGCCAUCCUUCAGACAUCUGACCUUUUCUCCACUCCAGAGCAGUUACAUGCUGCCAAGUCAGCCACUUUGCCAAGAAAGGGUCAGUUAGUCUAUGGCCCGUUGAUGGAACCGGUUAAUAGAGAGAACUUUACACAGACCUUGCCCAAAAUGCCAGCACAUUCUCAUACACAGCCUCCAGAUGCCAGGGAAGAGAAUGUCCCCCUUGAAGGCCAACAGAGCUUGCCAUCCCAAACUUCAGACUGGAGCCGGUAUUCAAACAGCUUAUUAGAAUCUGUUUCUGUUCCCGGAACACUAAACGAAGCUGUUGUAAUGACUCCCUUUUCAUCAGAGCUCCAAGGAAUUUCAGAACAGACCCUCCUGGAGCUGUCCAAAGGAAAGCCCUCCCCUCACCCCAGAGCCUGGUUCGUGUCUCUUGAUGGAAAGCCAGUCGCACAAGUGAGGCAUUCCUUCAUAGACCUGAAAAAGGGCAAGAGAACCCAGAGCAAUGACACCAGUCUGGACUCCGGGGUGGACAUGAAUGAGCAUCACUCAAGUAGAAAACUCGAGAGGGAGAAAACGUUCAUCAAAAGCAUGCAUCAGCCUAAGAUUCUUUACUUAGAAGAUUUAGACCUGAGCAGUAGUGAGAGCGGAACCACGGUCUGCUCGCCCGAGGACCCCGCUUUGAGGCACAUUCUGGAUGGAGGGAGUGGAGCUAUCAUGGAGCACCCUAGGGAAGAGUCCCCAGGAAGGAGAAGCACUGGUGAAGAUUUUGAAGCCAAUACGUCCCCCACUAAAAAAAGGGGCCGACCACCACUAGCCAAAAGAGAUAGCAAAACUAAUAUCUGGAAGAAGCGAGAGGAACGCCCACUGAUUCCCAUAAAUUAACAGCAAGGAUGGUUGUGUCUCUGCUCCCUUGCACUGUUCAUUCUUGCUGCUUGUUGUAAAUUGCAGUAUGAACUUCUUCAGAAGGUGAGACUGAGUGAUCUAAUGGUCCCUGGACAUGUCUCAAGCAGAGUAAAUAGUAAAAUGGUAAUUCAGUAAUGAGAGAGAAAGAUACUAAGGAAUGCUUUUUCUGACGUACUCUUUUCAUUUGUUUUUGGGUGCUGAAUUUGAAGUAUCCAGGAGUUCAAAAUGUCAAAUAGCUUCAAGAUGCUAGUCAUCUGAAAAUGUUGCUCAGUCAGCCGACUCAGCCCUGACUCUUAAGAAUAACAUUGUGUAAUGCACACUCUCCUAAAGUUUCUUCCAUUUAAAACCGUAGCCUCUGCUUUGAUGAGUACCACCCUGUGAAACAUUUAGAAAUGAAACUGUAUUCUUCAGGCAUCAUAUUCUUGUGAUAGUACUAAUAUGUUCUCCACUGCCUAUUCUUGAAAAUAACUUGAUAAAUGUUCUGGAUUGAUGUAAUUCUAGAGUUUAAAAACCAAACAACUUUUUUUUUCUUGCUAUGAACAGCAUGCAUAGUGUACCAGCCCCAAAGUAAAUCCCCUAUUCAUAUAAGAUGGGCAAGAAGCUACUUGGUUGUUAGAGAGGGAGAAUCCAGAAAUUUUGUUGUUUUUGGAUAUAACUUCAUAGAAUAAAUGGUAAGGUGAUAAUUUAUGAUUUGGAAAUCUGAGAAAUGAAUACUCUGAUAUUAAAUUUUUACUUAAAAUUUUCUCUUUCCCUUCCUCAAAAGUAAAGUGAGCUUAGCUGUCAAGGAAAACUUUACACUGAUCUGGGCCGUGACUGGUGUGGCUUAGUGUGUUGGGCAUUGUCCUGCAGGACUGAAAGAAAGGUCACUGGUUUGAUUCCCCAUCAGGCACAUGCCUGGGUUGCAGGCCAGGUCCUUGAUUGAGGGUGUGUGAGAGGCAAGUAAUCGAUGUUUCUCUGUCUCUUUCUCCCUCUCUUCCUCUCUCUCUAAGAAUAAAUAAAUAAAAUCUAAAAAAAAAAAACCCAAACCAAAAAACUUUACACCAUGUAAUCUGGAAAAUAAAACAAUAGAAACACUGGUCUUUAGUUUAACAUUCACUGAUACAUGUAAACUAAAAUUAUUUUUAAGACAUGUCUUCUAUUUUUAAAAAAAUUCUGACAUUGAAAUGCUAUUAAACUUGAUUUAAAACCAGGUAGUUGCUUAUGAACAUUAAAAAAUAAUAUCUGGAGCUAAAGGAAAUACACAUUUCAGUCUUUUCUUAAAUAUUGAGCUAAGGAAGAAAUGCCAUUUCCCUGAGACUCAAAUAUACCUUUAGGAUAUUAGGUACCUAUAUAGAUUUUUUUCUGUUAACACUCAUAAAAGAUGUUUGAGAAAAACAGUUUCAAUUUUAUGGGAAAAGUAAAAGUUUUUUCUUAAAUUACUUACAGCCUAGCAACAUUCCUCCCUCCCCCCAGUUUUGGAAGUAAUAUAUCCCUAUUUUCAUCAUAGCAAAUAAUUCAGUGUGAACACAUUCAACAGCUGCUUUUAAUUAUAAGUGUCUUCAACUCUGAAUUAUUAUUCAUAUGUCCUAAAAAUAAAUCUCUUUGUUAAUUAAAAUCAAUUCACCCCAUUUUUCUUAAAACCCAUGAAGGCACAUGUCUGAAGCAGAUUCCCCUUCCCCUUGGGGGGGAAUGGAAUAAAACUGCUUUAUUUCUCAUCCCCUACUAAUCAACAUGAGAGCAACAUAAAGACCCCAAGGCACGUAAGUUGAAAGAACCAAAAUUAGCCACAUUAGCUUUAGUCAAGUUAUAAAGUGAUGUACAAUGAAAGACUACGGUCUUUUUCUCCAGGUAAUAGACUUCAGCCAAUGUUUUUCCUGUAACCACUUCUGAAGCAUCUAAUGUGUCAGAUGAUACUGCUACCUUUCUGUAUUAACUCGAAGCACUUAAAGACCAAGGUGAAAAAAGUUUGUUUUGUUUUACCCCAAUCCAUAGAAGAUAUAGAAGUUUUAGUAAUAACUUGGUUUACAUUAAUUUUUGUGGGGCAUAGUGAUAAGGCUCAAAAUUAGAGGAAGCUUCUUAAUUGGUCUUGUACAGAAAGAUGCAUUAAAAGCAGCAUAAAUGAAAUGUCUUGGAAAAGGUUAAGGAGUUAGUGCUCUGCUGAAGUGCCUUUGAUACAGACUUGCUUUAUUAGAAGGAUAUGAUAACAUCUUUCUUAAAUGUACAUUUUUUUGUUAGCCAAAUUAAGCAGAUGUGCAGUUUCUGUUAAAAAUAUAUAGACCUGGUGUUUCACAUUGGAAUAAUGAAUUUUGCAUGCAAGUAGCAUUUAUCUCUUUUCUUGUGUAUUUAAUUCCUUUUUGAAUCCAGUUUAUGUUGACACAUGGUGAAAUGUUGUGCUACUUCAAUAUUUUAAAUGUAUAUUUCUCCCACCCCUCCGUAAAAAUGUUUUAUCUCUUGGCUUAGUAAUGGAACACACAGGUUUCUGUAAGGGUAUACCAUUCAGGUAUACCCUGAAUGAAUGCCACUUAUUCAUUCCUGUGUAAAGGAAAUGAGGAGAUGUAUCCCCAAGGGCUUUUAUAGAAGUACAUUUUUUUGGUUUCAGAAUAAAACCUUAUUUUUUUAUGCACUGCACAUUCUGUUCUCAAUUGGGAAGUAUAGGCAAUAUAUCUUUUCUAAUGAUUAAAAAUGUGUAACUUCUCAUUUGUGAGUAGUUCACAAAUUUCCUGUUAAAAAGCUGAAGCCAUCUACUUUUUCUUAACCCAAGUGAUAAUAAAACUACAAUAUUUACAACUUUCUUAAUUUUUUAAAUUGAAAACCAACCCAGGUUUUUUGCAAAUAUACACCUAGAAAAUUUUGGUCACAAAUUGUUAACAUUUGUGGAUCCUUUGUAUAUAUUUUGCAUAUAUCUUAAAAGCAAAAUUAUCCCUCAAUUAACUGAUGGAUUCAUUUACUAAAGCACAGCUAUAUGUAUUUUUGAAUACAUAUUAAGAUCCUGAGACUUUAUAAAAUCAGUUUUUAUGACAUUUGGGCAGUAGUAUAGGGAUCGCCCCUUUUAAAACACACAGUGAAGGUGACACAUGUGGAGGAAGAAAAGCACUUCCUUGCUUUGGUAGUCGUUUUCAGGCCACUUCCUCUGUAUCUGAGCCCUCUGGUAUCGGCACAUAGUGUAGAGCUUUAGGUAUCUGUGGGUCAAAGAAUAUCCCUCAAAACCUCCCAGAAAGGUGAAGCUCAAACUUACAUAGUCUUUUGUAGGGAAUGAGUUACUUCCCAUGUACUGGCUUGGUAAAGAAUUUGACUGUGUUAAUUUUUAUCUCAGAUGUAGAGUUGACAUUUUGCCCUCUGUUUCCAAGUGUUUCUAUCUUUUGUAUUCUUUCCUCAGAGGAAUCUCACAUUUCAGUGUAUAUUUAUUGCCAUUACUACUAUAUUUACUGCUGGAAACUGUAACAAUUUGAAGAUUUGUAAAAUGUUAAACAUAGUUCAUUAAAGAUAAUAAAAAUAAAUCUAAAAAUGUA